GCUGACUUGACCGCUUGUCCCGCGCAGCUGACUCCAGGAGCAGCCUCCUCCUGAGUUCACUUUGCCCGGUGCGCGCAGAGGACUUCGGGUCAAGGAGCUCCAGCGUCCCGCGGACACAGCACCGGGACCCGAGCAGCUGCCCUGCGGCUCAGACUGCGUCCUGCAGCCGGAGGAGAGGAGAGGGGGGGGGGAGCUGCCUGCUCUGCUGACCAGAGGACGAGGUCCCGGAUCCAAGAUGAGAGCGGCCGAGCGGCAGAACGGGGACAUGAAGCGGAGGGCGAGCUACCCCGGGGAGCUGCGGGCCAAGCACGUCAACAUGGCCAACAAGAUCUGGGUGAAGGUGGCGAUGGCGAUCACGUAUUUCCUCUGCGUGUCCGUGGCCGCGUUCAUCCUGGUGAUUUACUACGUGUUCUUCUGGACUCCGGACCAGCAGAACUACAACAGCACCGCCGGCCCCGCGCCACCGAACCGCACCGAGUGCGCGUCGAGGCUCUGAUGAUCACACUGCACGCACGCACGCACCACGCAUCAUGUAGGUGAUGCGCACACCUGACACGAGGCUGCAGCCCGAGUUUGAGAUGCUGACUGAGGACCUGAGAGAGGACAGGGGGAGGCAGCCGGGCUCUGCAUGCAGUAUGCAAGGGGGGGGGGGCAGGUUCUCCCCUCCUGUCCAUCAGCUGGAGUCUUAGAGAAUCUCCAUGAAUAGGUUUUGUUCUUGAUUCAGUGUUUGGGAGGUUUUCACUGAGCCAUGAAAUGAAAGUCACACAGAAUAAAAAGCUGGUGUAGCUCCUGGAGGGAUUAGGAGACAACAGGCCUCUGGGCACAGACACCCGCUUUCUUUA